GUAUGGCUCCCAUGGUAUCUUGUAUGAAGUGUUUUUUUAGUUGCCGACACUAUUCCAAUAUGUCCUUUCUCACUUGCCAUACAGUGAAAGCCUAAACCCGUAAUAUAGGAAUCUAAAUGUUGCCUAAUGUGCCAAAAAUGACCAUCCAUGGUCAUCAAAAUAUAUGUUGACAUAUUUUCUUAUGCUCUCAUCAACCUCUGAAAUUAACAAAAAUCUUGAGACUUGAGAACCCCCCCAUCAUAAUCACCCGCCCACCCCCGAGACUGCAUUCCUCCAUCAAGAAGACAAUUAAGAGGAAUGUUUGUUAACAGCUGAUAAGAACACGCUUGUUGAUAUAAUUUUAACAUGAUCUCAUGAGGAAAAGAAGUCUGUGCUGAGAUGUGUAGAAUAGACGAAGUUCUGGUAGGUGUAAGAUGACACCACCAGUUGCAAGUUGAAAGUGCUCGGCUGAGAGGUUCAACCCCGCUUGUGAGGGAGAGUGAGGCCAUGACUGUCGAGCUCAAAGUCAUGUGUCCACACCACGGGGAGAAUUGGGAGCAAAUGUGGAUGACGUGAAUCUUCAUUGAACUGAACCUGUGAUGACUAUCAGCACUUUAUUGCCCAUGUGUGUUGUCUUUCCAGACAUGCACUUUUGAGUUUUCCUGGAGCAUAAAGACUGCUAGUGUCUCAAAAACAAGCCAGCGGGUGACCUUUGCCAUCCCUUCCCAGAACAGCCAUCCUGGAGUACAGGAAUUGUCAAAGCAGAAGUAUGGACGGUGAAGUGGGACCAAGGAACCAGAGGUCUGAGAGUCCUCUGAGCCAGUUGACAGGGUUGGGAAUGAGCUGUCUCCCCAGCCCGAAGUUUCGCCACUGCGGACCUGGCCUUGCUAGUCCCCAGGAAUACAACCAGUGGCUACCAUACCGCCAUGAUGCCAGCCUACUGUCUAUGAAAGAAGACCUGGCUCUUUGGCUCAACACCAUCAUGGGUGUGGAUGUCACAGCUGACACUCUAAUGGACAGACUGGACAACGGUGUUGUUCUUUGUCAACUGGCCCAGUUUCUCCAGGAAAAAAUGAGCCACAGCAAUAAUGGAAAGCCCUUCACCAGAAGAGUGAUCCAUUGGCGAGCUGAUGCAACUUCAGGAUCUUUUUUUGCCAGAGACAACACAUCUAACUUCCUCUACUGGUGCCGCAAGAUUGGCAUUGACAAGGCCCACCUUUUCGAAUCUGAAGAUUUAGUCCUCCAUAAGCAACCCUGGGAAGUGUGCCUAUGCCUGAUGGCGCUGGGACGCAUGGCCACCAGGUAUGGCGUUGAGCCUCCAGGCCUGGUGAAGUUAGAGAGAGAGACAGAGAGGGAAGAAGGAGAGAGUACCUCUCCAUUGUCCACGCUACCCUUCUCCUUUUUUCCAACCCCGGAGCUUUGCUCACAAUUGCAUUCAAGCAAGUCCCCGACCCCACCCCCUCCCUCUCCACCAGUGCCCCUCACUCCAAGCUCCAUCUGUGUCUCUGAAGCACACAUCUCACCCUUCGCGUCUGAUCUUCCAUCAGCCACUGCGGACCCAAUGCCCACGUGUUUCCUACAGUCCUUCCUCUCAGCUCCCAAACGCUGCUCAACCACAGCUUCAACACAAACGCCUUUGUGCUCCACUGGCACAUCUGCAGCCUCCAAAGGCCAAACUCAAGUGGCCAUUGGGGCAAGACCCGCAACACCUUGCCACCUGAACCGUCACUCCAGCAAAUCCACUAUCAGACAGAGCACCGGCGCCAGCAACAUUUUGGAUGACACUGUGAGAAACAUUAUUGAAAAUCCACCCUGCAGCUGUCCAAAUAGGUUCCCUGUUGAAAAGCAGCCAAGAAACUGCUAUCGUGUGGGGGAAAAAGUUUGUUAUAUACGGAUGCUGAAUGAGCGUAACGUGAUGGUGCGUGUGGGUGGAGGCUGGGAGACUUUUGUGAGCUACCUCCAGAAGCACGACCCCUGCAGAGGAAGACCAGUGAGCAGAACUGAAAUCCGGGGCUGUCGGGACAAAGUCAAGCCUCUCAAUUCGAACAUGUCACCUGACAGCUACAUGGUUGUCAACGCCCAUUGCCGUGGAAAGAAAUAAGACGGUUCUACUGAUCAUUCGUGUCUUUUUUGCUACCCCCUUUACUUUCCAACCGAAUUGUGCAAGUGCAGUUUAAAGUCUGUAAAACAUAUUUUAAAUAGGAAAGGUGUCCUAUUUACUGUACUUACCUGCCAUUCUCUCACACAACAUACGGAUGUAAUCAAUUAGUUUGAUCAAUAGCUCGUUCAUUGUUAAAGGUUAUUGCAAGCUUACAUUACAUUGGUUUAGGCACAUUUACAGUUUCAAUUUUGUGUUUAUAAUGUACAGGUACGUGUUGAUUUGUGUUUCCAGGCUUCACAAUGGUAAAUUUAAGUAUGCUUCACUUCAUCGCAUCUGGAUUUUGAGUAAAGUGUCCAAAGGAAGCGAUGAUGCCCAUCUCACAGGGACGACAUUUGGAUUGAAUAAUACUGUAUGUCAACAAAUGUUCUAUUAUGUUAUAUUUCUUGUACAUCAACUGGAUUUGUGCCGUUUGCUUUGGUCAUCGUGUACAUUGGCAAUCAUGCUAAAAAAAAAUCCAAAACACAUUGGCAGUUUCUCCCUCUAGAUGGCACCAUGUGCUCAGUGACACAAUGCCAACGUGGUGUUCUGGAGGACAGGCUGCACCCUCUUACAUAAAAAGAAUGAAAUAAAGAAAA